AUGGCAGACUCCCCCUUGGGUGCCGAUGUUGUCCAGCAAGAGAGCAAAGCUCAAGCUGUGGGGACCAGCUUCGAUGAGGGCUCAGUGGUCCAUAUAGUGCAAGCCACAUCUGUCAAGAUAGUGAAGCAAGAAGCUUUGAAGCAAAUGAGGGUAUACCGAGUUUUGGACGCAUACAACCACCUCCAGAAGUGUACAUUCCCUGAAAACGUAUUGCAGGCUCUGGACCACCUUGGUUACAGAAGCACAGGAGAAACGGUAGCCCACGACGUGGCCCAGGGGUCUGAAAAGCAGCAGGUGGAGAGAGUUAUGGCUUUUGUCCAAGAGCAUCACACGGGAGGGGACUUGCUGGUUCAACUCAAAGAAGGGAACGAGGCUGAACUGAGGCAGCUGCAAACAAUGGUCCAAACGGAGCUUCAAGCACAGAUAGACGAGAAGCUGCAGGCCAAAGAAGCAGAUGCAAUUCGGGAGGCUGAGAAGCUGGUGCCCAACCCCCCUGCUCCACAUGUGGCGUAUAACCUCUUGACUCAAAGACAUCUGCGGCAAGCAGUACUAAUCUUGGAUGGUGGCCUUCGGCUCCAAGGAACAGAUGUUAACCCUCCAGGUGAAGAAAGUCACCCAGAAGACCUCCCUGUGGAAGGCCCGUUGGUGGAUGAUGAUUUGAAAGCUAUCUUACAGCUGUUGAAGGAGAAAAGGGGGUGUGAGUGCCUCCUGCUGGAGCUGAAGCAAACUGUGCAGAUGUUGCAGCUGAGAGAGCAACAGUAUCAGGAGGUGGCCCAGGUGUUGAAGGCAAUCACCUCACAUCAGCAUCUGGAUGAUGCUGACCAGAUAAUCCACGAAUUGCGAGAAUUCAGGCAGCAGAAAACCCAAGAGCUGAAAGAGCAGCUGGGAAUCUUGUUGCCACAAGACCAAGGACCAGAGAAGAGCUCUUCAACUUGUGCAGGUAAAUUCCAGUUUAAAAGUUCUCUGUCAGGAAAAGAAGAUAAAGAAAGGAUAAGAAGGGAGGGAGCCGAGGUUUCCCAAGAAAUGCGUUUGGAAGAGCUGGAAGAGUCAUACCGGGGACAGGUAUCUGCGGAACAAGCUAAACUGCAGGAUCAGCUGGAAAGAGGAGAAGUCCAGAGAUACACGAUGCAGAUGCUAAUGAGAGAACAUGACGAGACUGUGACUUUCCUGGACAAGACAUUUCGGCAAGAUGUGGGCAAACUCAGAGGAAAGGCAGAGAAGGAGAAAAAGAAGAAAGGCGCUCGUCGUAAAAGUCGAACUUCCCUGACCACCAAGGCUGCCUCUUUACAGCAGCGAAGACAACCUGAUCUGGCCGAGGACAAAGUUGUCUCCCUCUUGGCACAGAGCUUAAGAAUCUUCAGACAGGCAGAACUACUGGUGGCAUCAAGAAUUGUGCUCCUGAAUCCUCAGAUCAGACCCUUUCUGUCCGAUGCUGAUGGAGCCGGUGGUCCGAAAUCUUCCCAGCUCCUUACUCUUCUGAAAGACAUGAAUGUCCAAAUCCAAAGGUGUGCUAUUGCGGCUGGAUUGCUAGACCCCCACUGUCCAGAAAACGAUGCUGUAAAUUCUUUCCAGGAUAUAAUGAACAUUCAGAUGGACCCCGGGCCAGGAGAACUCAGACCGCUGGACCCACCAAGCCUUUCUGCCAAGGAGUUUGUGAUCUACCAAUAUGGCAUUGUCAUCUUGCAGUUUCUCAGGCCACUGAUUGAGGCUCCAGAAAUUGAAUUAUGCAUCGCCUCCAGCAUUCCUCCUAUGAACGCACCUGGAAAUGCCUUCCGGAACACUUUCUAUUACCAGUCUCCCAGCAGCAAACUCUUCAUUCUGCGGAAGUGCCUGAGCUGCGUGGGCAGCUUCGUCCUGCUUCUGGUGCACUGCCUGGCUCACUUCGCCUCCGGAGACUUCGGCCAAGAUUCCAGCCCAGCCUUCCGGAGACUCUUUUAUCAGGCGCUGAAGGCCUGCCUGGGUGAAAUGUUCUCUCUUCGGCUCCAGACGUCAGCAGUUCUGGAAGACAGUAAAUCUGCCGCGAGGGUUGUGAGCGAGGCUUUCUUGAAGGGCGAGGAGAUUGCAGAUGAGAAAAUCAAUCUCCUCUCGGACCUCUUUGGUGCUGAGCUGAAGACUUCUGAGGAGCGGCACACGGGCACCCUGCUGCACCCAGAACUGGAGGACCUGCUCAAAAGCAAAGUGUCUGAAAAGAAAGCAGAGUAUCAUUCCUGCAUCUUCUCUAAGGGCCAGAAGACCUCGGCAAUGAGCUCAGUGGCCGGAAGCUGCCCACACUCCAUCCCCAAAGCUGCGGAAGACAGGCUGGAGGGAUUGGCCCAGAAACUGACAAAAGUCCUCGAGAAGGAGCAACGUGUUCCAAAGCAGGCGGCUUAUGAGGAUCAGACAUUCGGUGAGCCAGAGGAGAUCAGCGUGGAGAAGGACUCUCUGUUGCGGGAGAUGGAACAGCUGGAAGGGAGCGGACCCAACAGCGGAGAGAGGCCGGAAUGAGCCCCAUGGAGCAUAUCUAGGGUUUGAAGAAGAAAGAAUUUGGAUUUAUAUCCCCC